AUGGCGAGAAAUUUGUUGACACCAACUGGCUUGCCGCCCAAAGGUGUUUGGAAAACAAGAGACUCUGGGACCGCAAUCCUCCUUCUAGUCGGAACCAAUGGUGUAAAGCAAGCUGUCGAAGCAUGUAUCCAUGGAACAUUUUUGUUUGACCUUAUCCAAGACGAGGGUGACGCAACCGAACCAAAUCCUAAUUAUGAUCUUGCAUUACAAAAAGCAAUAUACAACAAUGUGGUUAGGUUGCUUAAAGAGGAGCUAAUCGCCAUCGAUGAGACACUGGCGAAAAGAAUUCUUAGCAACACCACCUCGGAUAUGUUUUUCACACUACCUUCAAUAUCGGGCAUUCGGAAACGUGAACAAGCGAGAUCACCACAAGUCAACAUACCUGUUACUUCACAGCAAUCGACGCUCUGUGAAAGUAUAUAUACAGAAAGUGAGAAUGACAAGCGAGUGUUUGACUUCAAACGCAUUGAUUCUGACAAUAGAAAGUAAUUUUUAAUCGAUUGAGUCUUAGUUAGGAUAUAGACUAACAAACAUUAGGGCAUCUUCGGCAGCAGACUUCUUUAAAAAAAUGGAUGAAAUAAAUAGUCUAUUGGUGAACCGAGAGGAUAUUCAGGCUAUCAAAGUUGCUAUUCUAGACACUGGAGUCUAUGAUGGAUUUCGGGAAAAGUCAAACAUUGUUUCCUAUUAUGACUUUGUAGACUUGGACUUCAUCGAAGGGCACAGUGCGUCUAAAGAUAACACAGGACACGGAACUGACAUGGUUCAUUUACUCCAAAUGACUGCUCCACAUGCUGAAAUUUAUGUCGCAAGAGUAUUUGAUGGGGACUACAGUGAUCAAAACACCGUUAAAAACGUGGCUAAGGCAAGAUAUCUAUUUUGA